GUUUUAACCCGAAAACGAGGAGUCGUGAACCUCCCCUGCUCUCGGCCGUGAAACCACGAACACCAGCUGCUCGGGAGGAGAGGGCGGCGGGUUUCCAUAGAUCCACUUUCCCAUCCCCUCCUCUUGUCAUUUGACUCUGACGUAGCAGUCGGCGUGCACGUUCAGGGAGGUGCUGAAUAUAUCGCGGAGAGCCGCGCGUCCACCGGCCUCUCUUCUUUCAGACCUUCGUCGAGCGUCGACCCGCAGCGGGGCAAAGAGACAAAAAAACACCCACCCCACCAGACAGGAACCAUCAGCCUCUGCAACCAGACAUGGCCGGGUAUCUGAAGGUCCUCAGCUCGCUGUCGAGGUCCGCCGCCGCUCUCUCCAAAAGCCCCGCGGUGCUCGCCCCGGCCGCCACUUGCCAGGCUCCGCAUCGAAGACACUAUGCCGACAAACGCAUCAAGGUGGCCCAGCCAGUGGUGGAGAUGGACGGAGAUGAGAUGACCAGGAUCAUCUGGGAAUUCAUCAAAGAGAAGUUAAUCCUGACCAACGUUGAUGUUGACCUGAAAUACUAUGACCUGGGCCUGCCGUACCGUGACCAGACAAACGACCAGGUCACCAUUGACUCUGCCCUGGCUACCCAGAAGUACAGCGUAGCUGUCAAAUGUGCCACCAUCACACCCGAUGAAGCCAGAGUUGAAGAGUUCAGCCUGAAAAAGAUGUGGAAGAGCCCCAAUGGCACCAUCAGGAACAUCCUGGGUGGUACAGUCUUCCGUGAGCCAAUCAUCUGCAAGAACAUUCCCAGACUUGUUCCAGGAUGGACGCAGGCCAUCACUAUUGGCAGACAUGCCUUUGGUGACCAGUACAGAGCAACAGAUUUUGUGGUGGACCAGCCAGGCAAGUUUAAGAUGACCUUCUCGCCUGCCGAUGGCAGUGCAGGCAAGGAGUGGGAGGUCUUCGACUUCCCUGCUGGCGGCUGUGGAAUGGGCAUGUACAACACAGAUGAGUCUAUUACAGGCUUUGCACAUAGCUGCUUCCAGUAUGCCAUCGGCAAGAAGUGGCCACUUUACAUGAGCACCAAGAAUACCAUCCUGAAAGCUUAUGACGGCCGAUUCAAAGACAUCUUCCAGGAUAUCUAUGAAAAGCACUACAAGCCUGACUUUGACAAGCUGAAGAUCUGGUAUGAGCACAGGCUUAUUGAUGACAUGGUUGCCCAAGUGCUUAAGUCCUCUGGAGCCUUUGUGUGGGCCUGCAAGAACUACGAUGGAGAUGUCCAGUCUGACAUUCUCGCACAGGGUUUUGGCUCUCUGGGACUGAUGACGUCGGUUCUCGUGUGCCCCGAUGGCAAAACUAUCGAGGCUGAAGCCGCCCAUGGGACUGUGACUAGGCAUUAUCGCGAGCACCAGAAGGGUAGACCAACGAGCACCAACCCCAUCGCCAGCAUCUUUGCGUGGACCAGAGGCCUUGAGCACCGUGGGAAACUCGAUGGCAACCCAGACCUCAUCAAGUUCUCACAGACCCUCGAGAGGGUGUGUGUUGAGACUGUUGAGAGUGGUAUCAUGACCAAAGACCUUGCGGGCUGCAUUCAUGGCUUAGCCAACUGCAAGCUCAACGAGCACUAUGUCAAUACCACAGACUUCCUGGAUGCCAUCAAGAUGAAUCUGGAUAAGGCCCUGGGCAAGUGAAGGACUAGAAAGAAUACAGCUACCCUAGAAUUGACUGUCAUUAUAUAUAUAUUUUUGUACCUCAUUUCAACCAAGGUCAAGAAUACUACCUUUGUUCAUCUGAAGGAAAAAAAAAAGAAAGUUCAUUGUAGAUAAUUACGUAGCAUACCCAUUAGGUUGUUCUACGGUUGAGUUGAUCUUCCAUCUGAUGCCUCCUUCAUUAUUCUGACCCUCAAUUUCCAAGGUUUUAUUUUUAUCAUGAAGUACUGUAAACAUUACUGCAUUAUGCCUUGGAAGACUGAAGCCUACAGCCAUACAUGUGCCAAUAAACCUUCCUUGUUUGA